AUGCUGCCGUUACCGAAGAUCUGGUUCCUCUUUCUCGUGGGUUUACGGUCUCGCUCUUCCAUGCCCUCGAGCGCUGUGGCGGCGGCCAAUGUUGGAGGCACUUCUACCGGUAGCGACGAUCCCCUUUCGGGAUUCCAUGUUGAUGCGAUCGACGACGAUACGGUGGACGACAGAGGCACUGCUAAUAAUGAGGCUUCCACCACCAUAGCGGGAGAACGACAGUUCGAAACCCAGUUGAUCCUGACCCACAGAGUCCACUGUACAGAUCAACACAAAAGAUUGCUACCCCCAGAGUGGACUGGCACGACAGAACUACUGCUAGUAUCAGCCAAAUCCAAAGAUUGGAUUCCAGUACAAGAUAUUGCCCAAAUGGAAUCUCUCCUAUUGGAUACCCUCAACCACCACCACAAAGCCAGUCAGCUUUGGCAGGAAGUACCAAGACCACCGGCCUCGAGAUCGAGGCUAGUAUCAGUUCAUGCCCAACCUCAGGGGUUACUGAGAUUACCCCCCGAACAAGAGAAUCCUACAACUUCCAGGGAUAAGGAAGUUGUAGUAGAGUUGGAAAUGACCUACACAAUUCGGGGUAUCUGUGGAGGUCCCAGUUGUUCCGGGCCAGUACCCGAAGAGCACCAUGACAUUCUGAGGACAGCUGGUUUUCUGCCAUCGAGGGGUCCCAGCCAUCAUCAGUCCAUGCCACCUGAAACCAAGUCAGGACGAGGGCUUCGUGGCCAGGGGCAACCACUAGAAGAAGAACAACUAACGUCGUCUGAAACCAACAGUAUGGGCGGCUAUCAGGAAUUACGCGAGGCCAUGCUGCAGAGGGCGCAGCUGUUGCUUUCCAGACAACAUCAACAGCACAGCGAUCAUGCUACGCAAAAAGGAGAAUCCUGUGGCGGAUAUAAUGAUUCUUGCCUGCAGAAGAAGAAGAAGAGGUCCACAUGGGAUCUUCUACAAGACAUCACAUCCAUCCGACCAUCCAAGAGGACCCACAGAAACCUGCAGAAUGAAGAGGACGACCUGAUUCAUGUGGUUGAAGUUGUGUGUGAUCCACUGGUACAGCAGCUGGAAACAGCUGUUGCCAUAGAUCUGUCAGGAGACUGGAGUGCUUUGAUUCAAAGCAACAGGACCCUUGCCACAGCUGAUGUCAAUGUUACCAUGACAGCUUCUGCCCUUCUUGAAGGAGCCUUUGUGGAGGCAUUCAAUCACAUCAUAUUUCCUCUCUGUGACUGGCCCCAUUUCCGCAAGGUCUGGGGAGCAGAACCCCAGACAGCAGCAUUUGAUCCCUUUGGAAAUGUCACCACCGUGACUUUUGAGGUACUGGCUGAGUGCAGGAAUUGUGGAUACGACACUCCUCUGUUCCACUCCUCCAAUGACACAACAACCACUGGUUCUGUGUUGAUACCGCUAAGCACAUCAACAGUUCGAACUCGACCAUCAAGCUUGGUCCGGCAAGAGUUUGGAUUGACAAAUGACGGCUGUCUCUGUCCUAGACCAGAUGACACUACAGAGUUCCGUGCUCCCACAUUCGAUGAAUUCAUGGAAGCUUUCAUGUUGGAAGUUGCCAAGAUCCAGCUUCCUCCAGUGGAUGACAUGGAGCUACAAGAGGUGCCAUGUGCCUCAGAUGUCACGGAGUUUACUACCUAUGUGUACAUUGACUUCCAGAUGAACCGCAGCAGUGAUUUUCAGACACUAUCAGAGCAAGAUCAAACUGUGCUGGAGAACAGCUUCAAGAGUCUCUACAACCAGCUCUCCUUCCAGUCUUGUGAUCCAUAUUUUCGCAGUGUCUCAGAGGCACAACUGGAGCUCAACACUGACACGGCCCUUGUUCGGCGGCGGCUGCAGCAACAGUUGGAUCUCAACCUUGCCUUUGCUGGGAACUCAACAAACACUAGCAACUACAACCAGACAGGGACUGCCCCCCCUCAUCAUAAUCCGAAUCAGACAUCAACCCCCCUGUUACGAGCAACAACUGGGGUGGCAGUUCUUCAUGUCUCUGCCCCCCAGAAGAUCAACGGAUAG